CUUUAAAUAUUUAAAGUGCCAUCUAUGAAACAUUUAAAGCAACCAUCCCUCCUCCCCAAUAGAUGUCGCUAAAAAUCUGAAUUUUCAGCAUCCCUAAUGCAACAGGGUUUUGAAAAGAUGACAUUCCCCUGGUUUCAGGGGGUAGUUUGGGGGUUCAGUGUCGUCCUGAAAGGAAAACUAGAAGCAUCUCCCCGUUUCCUUCGGUGUUGUGUCUACAAACGCAGCUUUUGUACGACGUAAUUUUUUUGAUUCGUUUGCAAGGUCCCGGGUCAAGAGAAAAAUUGCCGCUCACAAGUUGGCAGCCAUGGGUAAAGGAGAUAAGCGGGGUUCCCAACGUUCCGACUCCGGAUCGACGAAUUUGGUUGGGAAAUUUACACAAAGCGUUCGAAGGAUUGUUCAAGACGUAAAAGAUGAGGGCAGCGCGAGUGGACAAACCAAAGAAGAGGUCAUCGAGACUAACGAAAGAUUGCGAGCGGUUCGAGUUCGCCUCGACGAAUCUUACGACACAGCUAAAAAAGCUUUGGUAUCGUUAAUGACCAAGUAUAAUGAUAGCAAAAGCGUCCAUAAUAUUUUCCAAAGAUACAACUUGUUGAAGGCUAUGAUUAAGGAAGUUAUAAGACUCGAAACUCAAUAUUGGGCUUUAGUCGACAUUCCAAAACAAGAGAAACAAGAAACCGUACCCGCUUUCGUACUGAGAGCCUGUUCCAUUAUGGAGAAGACUCAAAAAUCCGGGGAAGGAGUGAAAACUUCAGCAAAAUUGGCUGAAGAAGCUCAAGAUAAACGGGAAAGAGUUGAACGAUUAGAAAAUAUGACAACUUCUCAAAUUGACGCGGAAAACACUCAAAUGACAAACGACCUUUAUAGGUUACUUAAAAAAUAUUCAGGAUUAAGAAAUUUAAUCAGAGAAUUAAAAUCUGAAUAUAUGACAUCGAAAUUAUAUCCGAUGUUUCCACGUUAUACAAUGCUAAAAGAUAUGAUAAAAGAUAUAUUGUUGCAUCCCGCUUACAUGGAGGUUUGUCACGAAGUGGAUGCAUAGCCCAGGUCGUUUACGUAGAUCCCUUCUCCGUCGCCAAAGAAAUCUGAUUAAUCACGUUAAACUCAUCACAAUAAAAAGAUACAACAAAAAGAAACAACAAAGGGAAUAAAAAGCAAAUACGAGAAAUGGAUUUAAAAAUGUAAUUGGAUUUUCUAUAUGAUAAAUGAAUCCUUUUAUAAGCAGUUGUUGAAAAGAGGUAAGUUAAAUAGUACACUGCCAUGAAAGAAAGGAGAAACAUAAUAAAUAACAUUAACAGUAUUAAUGUAACUAAAAAGUAUUAAGUGGGGUUUAAAAAAAAUAGACGUUAAAAUAUAAAAAAAAAAUUAAAAACGUAUAUCUGUGAGCAUAUCGUACUUAAAAAAACUAUACCAAGCUUUCAACGUGAACUUCCCUAAAAUUUUCUUUAAAAUUUCUCCCUUUUCUAAAAAAUUUCUCCAAGUUACUUAAAUAUGUAGGUUAGAAAAUCUGUGGAAAAUAUAUCCUGUGUACUCAUAUCUGUCGUAGUUAAAAAAAAAUGAAUGUACAAAAACUUAAUUGUAAACAAAUAAAAAAAAGCAACGUAAAAAAAUUAUAUGGGGAAAAACUUAAAAUUAUGGUCGAUUUUAAACGUGAACAGGGUCUCAUCAGAAACUGUGGCCAAUUUCUUAAAAAAACCAAAAUGAAAAUCUUUCUAUGUAUUAUACACUUUGGAGACGAUUAGAUUUAUUUUAUUAACGUGAUUCUAAUAACCAGCCGAAUUUAUUGAAUAAAUUAACUAUUAAUUAAUAAAAAAAAUAAAUGAAAAGAAUUUAUUCGAACAUUAAGGAUGUGAGGUUUUUUCGUAAAAAAAAAAAGGGAACAAUAAGAAUUUUUUAAAACGAUUAAUACACAAACAUCCACAAAUACACUUAAUAAACAAUAUAAUUCGGAUCAAUAUUCGGAAUAUUUAACAUAAAAUAUUAAAGUUAUUUUUUGUAUGUGUUAAAUUAGGUUAAGAAUAUGCAAAAAAAUAAAUAUUAUAUGUGAUGUACGCUUUGUUAAUACAGUUGUGCAAAUAAAGUUGUUCUGUGUUUUA